AUGACCAAUAGUACUAGUAGCAAAAAAAGUUCUUCAAACACUGGAACACUUAAUCCAGAGGAUAGAAGAAAAAUUUACAAUUUUUAUGUCGCUUUAAAUCAAUAUUAUCAAAUAACAAGCGAUUCUAAAGUCGAUAGAUCAGGCAAUCAAAGAGCGAAAAAGGCUAGAGCAAAACUACUGAAGUUAUCUUCUCCCCAAUUUUUCGAAUUGGGUACUGAUGUUCAUGAUGAACUGGAGCGAAGAUUGAAUGAAUCCCAACAACAACCGGCUUAUCUAUUGCCAAAUGAAAAGUUCCACAUAAAGAGAAACCAAGCUAGACAAAAACUAGCUAAUUUGUCGGCUUCUAGAUUUAAUGAUUUAGUUGAUGAUAUUUUGUACGAAAUUAGAAGAAGAAAUUACGAUGUAGAUCCUAUUUUUGAAACUUCAGCCGCAAAUAAUAGUGUUCCAAUGGGUGAUGCACAGCAACAACGGAAUAAUAUUAAGGAAGCUAGUUCUUUAGAUAAAUCUAUUAUGAAUAAUGACAAUGGUAUUAAAAAGAACAGCAACAACAAUUCUAAGGGCCCUAGCACAACCGCCACAGGAAUACAAGCAACCAAAGUUAUUCCUAAGAAGGCUUCCCUAGAUUGGAGCUCAGAUGAGGAAGAAAAAGAGGAAGGAGCUGAAUCUCAUUUUUCUAACUAUAAUCAUAGCGCUCAAAAAAAGGCCAAUCCUACUAAUGUUACCAAUAAUGGUGAACGGGAAAUUAAUAAUAAUACAAAUACCAACGUAGAAAUUGCCGCUGCUUCCACUGAUGUUGAAUUUAAACAACAGGAGCAACAACAGCAAAACAUACCUAGGGGAUUUGUCAAGCAAGGUUUGAGAAUAAGAGAAUUAAAUCCAUCAUCUAAUGUUCGCAAUACUGGUAUUACAGAUAAUAUUUCGGCUAAUUCUAUGACGGAUGAAUCCUCAUCAUCAAAGCCAAAAAAUAAUAAAGAUAUAUCCAAAUUAGAAGCAGAAUUAAAUGAAACUAAUCAAAAAUUCAACGAAUUAGAAAAUUUGAAUUCCAUUUUAUCUAGUAAAGCUAAUAAGUUUGAAAAAGAAGCCUACGAUUUAAGACAAACUAAUGAAACACUAUCUAUUGAGGUUGCUUCUUUAAAAGAAGAGAAGAUGACCAGCGAUAAGAUUAUAACUAACUUAAAAUCGGAAUUGACGAUGACAGAAACUCAAUUAAAAGAGGUCAAUAAUAAAUAUUUGGAAAACGAAGCUGCUGUUCAUAACUUAGGUAAAUCUAUGGAUUCAAAUUUCCAAAAAGAAGUUUCAGCCUUGUCUAGAGAAAUCAGUGCUCUAUCUAUCGAAAAUGAAAAUUUAAAAUUGGCUAUCUCAGAACUGGAAUUAAAACUGAAACAAGCUAAUAACAAAUCUCCCACCAAUGGAAAUGCCAACACAAAUGAGGCACCAAAUGUUACUAUGAUAGAGCAGGAGGCAAAAUUAUGGAAAUCAAGGUAUGAAUCGGUAAUUAAAAGCAAUAAUGAUAAUAUUAACACGCCAGUUAAAUUACCAAGCACUUUUGAUUCCGUUAAAUCCACUGAUAUUUUACGAUACAUUUCGCCUGAUGGCCUUAUCCCAUUGGUUUUGGUACAAUCUUUGCAAAAUAAGGUUAUUAAAUCAUUUCAACAUUUACAAAACACUACCGACACUAAUAAUUGUAACAACAAUAAAAAUAAUAUAGGUGAUGUAUUAUUCGAAGACAUUGCCCAAAUUUCUGAUGACGUUUCUUCCAUUAUCUCCUAUUGCGAAAAGUUUGAAGAUUUCACUGAACAUGCCAUAUUAUUAAGAGCCUCGGUGUCACAUGCCAUUACAACAAUUCGCUACUAUGCUAUCUAUCACUCUUUGUUACCUAGAAUUACCGUUGAAAGCGCUCUAUGCGAAAUUUUGUUUACCAUCUGUAACUUACUGAACGUUGCUCAUAUUAAUGAAGCCAUUGAAUGUGUAACCAAAAGUCUCCCACAAGCCACAAAAUCCACAACGACUAGGUCUGUUGCCAAUUCUAAGGUUGACACUGAUGUAAAGGAGGCAUCCAUAUCCAAAGACCUUAAUAAUGGAUCCACAGAAUAUGCUAAGCCAAUAGUUAAUUUUAACAAAAAUCAAAACUCAUUUGGCAAUUUAAGUCAUAACAACAAUACUAACAUUGAUGGUCAUGCAGACGAUGACAAUGAUUUUGGGGUUUCUUCGCCUGUUAGACCAUUGAAAUUAGCACAAAAAUUGGCGUCCAGCGAAAAUUUGACUUCUCCUACAGCAUCUACUGCUCCAAGAAAACCAGCCAAUACCGGAUUGUUUAAUUAUUUACAAAAAGAAUCCAAUAAUCAUAUUUCAUCUAAAAAAAAAUUUUUUUUUAAUAACAACACCUCCUUAUUAUCGAAAAAUAAUAGAAUUGGCAAUAUCAAAUCAAAUAAUGUAGCAGAAAAUGGUAAAAACAUAAAUUUGUUAAAACUAAAUUUGAACGAGAAUAGUGAUAAUACAUCGGCUAAUGAUGUUAAUAAUAAUGAAAAGAUUGACAACACUGAAUCUUCUGCAGUAGCUACUGACAAUAAUAUCGAUGAUUUAAAAAAUAAAGAAACCAAUGUUACACCUAACACUAAAAAACAUGAAAAAUCAAAUUCCCUAGCAUCUACAAUUUCUAAACAAAGUGGUAGCGAUAUUAGUCGUUCACCUGGAACUAUUAAAUCCAAAGUUUUACAAUUUGAAAAUAAAACGGUGAACAGUAAUUCAAUAUCAUCCAACUCUUCCUCCACUGAAGCUUCUCCGCUAAAUUCUACUUUGUUCUUAAAAAACAAUGAAAGUGUUACCUCUACUGAUAAUAUACUACAAAGUUCUAAAAAUGGCGGUUCACUUUCCAAGAAAAACAGCUUUGCAUCUAUUGAAGAAAGAGUUAAAAGUUUCCAAGAUCCAAAUGUUAGUUUAACUAAGAAAUCUAGUUUAUUAUCACUGAACAAAAGCAGUAUUAGCAAUAACAGCAUCGAAGAAGAAGAAGAAGAAGAAGAAGAAGAAGAAGAAGAAGAAGAAGGAGGAGAGAAAAAAAAGGAAGAAGGAGAAGGAGAGGUUGAAGAAAGACAAGCAAGGGAAAAGGAGAUACCUAGCCAUAAUGGUAAAAAUUUGGAUGCUGAAACAAAGUGCACACCUACUGUUUCUUCUGAAGCAUCCACUAUUAAGUUAACAGAGGAAAAGCUUGCUAAUACUAACGAAAUUAAUCACAAAACUGACGCAUCGUUUUUUAAUAAUACCUUUGAUAUAAAUAAACCGCCCCCAUCAUUAGCCACUUCCAAAUUGGCCAGUGCAUUGGAAGAUAUUCCAUCGUCUAGUGUACCAACAUCCACAGACGACGAUGACUACAACGACGACGAAGAAGAAGAAGAAGAAGAAGAACAGAAAAAACAAAUUGCUCAAGAAACUUUGAGAAACGAGCAAGCUUAUCAGAAAAUUCAAGCUUCUCUAUUGAAUGGCCACGGUACUAAUAAUAAUGGUGAUGGCAUUAAAAGUUUGUCAGAAAGUAAAUUAAGCAAUAAUACUGUUUCUGACUCUAAAUCAGACUUAGGCUUGGAUAAAUACCCUUUGAUUUCGUCGGAUACAUCUAAUAUUGGCGAUAACAUAUCUGUACGGGAUAGUUUGAAUUCCAGAGACUCUAUCGUUGCGUUUGACUCUAAACCGGUAAAUUUGAUGAGUUCUAUAGAUCCGACAUCACCCAUUAAAAAGGUACUACCUACAAUGCACAGUAAUAAGACUAACACCAGCCCUUUAAAUAAUUUGGUUAGCAGACAAAGCAAUGAAAUACCGCAAACCGAUGAACCCGUGUCAAAGCCUGCUACUAACACUGAAGUUGCUGGAACGAUGGAUCAUAGUCGUUUAAGCAUAUUAGAAGAAACGUUUGAUGUGGGUGGGUUUGAUAUUGAAAACCCCGAUAACACCUUAAGUGAGUUAUUAUUAUAUUUAGAACAUCAAACUGUAGAUGUAAUUAAUACAAUCCAAAGUUUAUUAUCCUCGAUUAAACGACCAAAGGCUAAAACAGGUGAAUUAAGAGGGGAGUCAUUUGAUAUUAACCAUGUUAUUGGACAAAUGGUUGAAGCCACCAGUGUUUCUAUGCAACAAAGCCGUAAUUUUGCACUAAAAGAACACGGUACUUGGGUUGUUCAAAGUUUAGAUGAUUGUAAAAGAAGAAUGACAUUACUGUGUACGUUAGGUUCUGAGUUUGAAUUAUUGGAAACAGAUGAUGAUUUUGCAGACAAACAUUUUAAGCAACGUUUGGCUGGGAUUGCAUUUGACGUGGCAAAAUGCACAAAAGAAUUGGUUAAAAUAGUUGAGGAGGCUAGUUUAAAAGAAGAAAUUGAGUAUCUAAAUAAUAGAUUGAAUCCAAACAAUGUGUAA